CAAUAAUCUCCAUCAUGUUGCGUCGGUGCUUUAGUGCUGCGGCGAGACCGCCUAAGGCCGUCCGCCGCGCCGCUCCAGACUCUAGGCGAGUGACGACAGAGAAAGCGGAGCAGGAUGCCCUGCAGACCACCGCUGAAACACCCGCCCCGGCGGCCUACCAACCUCCUCCAUUCGAGCACCAGCAGGAACCUACGUUUGGCCAAGUCAUGAAAUCGAACUUUCUAUGGGGAGCUGGCAUGUCCCUUGGCUUCAUCUUGAUCGGCGGCAUCUUCCGCGUGUUCAUGGAACCAUCGGUGGCCUCGACGACUGGACCUUGCGACUGGGAAGGCGGCGCGUUCUCAGUCCAUGCACCGGAAACCAACUGUGAAAUUGAUGCUCAACAUGCGUCUUAAUGCAAACAAGAGUGUACGGCACACUGCCAUCGUGCCCUUGACUCCAUGUUCAAUAAGCCAAGCUUACAGCGAAUGAACUGGUUCAACCCACUUGCAUCUCAAAUGUCCACGGUUCACCAACCGCGUCACAACAACAACGCUAUGUUGGCAACUCUGGCCACAUGAACGCGAUACAAUGUAGUUCAAUCAAAUACGCAGACUAUAGUAUGCUUCUAAUGUUAUGGGGUCGUUCAUGAG